AUGCAAGAACACAUCUUAAAACAUCCUACCUCUCCACCUCCUCAAGCCCACGAUGACAAACCUGAAAAGUCGGACACUCAACUUGCCGAGACUGAAACCAUCCACAAUGGCUGUUCAGCCCUCGAACGUAACGAAGAAACACACAGAGGCUUUAAACCUCGCCAUGCACAAAUGAUAGCCCUCGGAGGCGCCAUCGGAACAUCACUUUUUCUCGGAACAGCACAAGUGCUUCGAGUAGGAGGACCACUAUUCCUCUUGAUUUCCUACGGUGUCCUUUCCGCUCUCGUCUACUGCAUCGUGACUGGGAUCGCCGAAGUGGCAACCUAUCUACCUGUUCCAGGAGGAACCAUGGCAUAUUACGGUCACAAGUAUGUUUCUCGAAGUAUGGGAUUCGCCAUGGGAUACUUGUACUGGUAUUCGCUCGGCAUCUUGAUUCCCUAUGAAUUUGUAGCUUCCACACUUCUCAUUGACUACUGGGGACCUACCGUCAGCCCUGCCGUCUGGAUCUCUAUCAUCUACAUUGCUAUCGCCUUCGUCAACUUGUUUCCAGUUCGAGUAUUUGGCGAAUGCGAGUUCUGGAGCGCAGGGAUGAAGAUCCUUUUGAUCUUAGGCUUGAUCUUCCUCUCGAUCAUUCUGUUCUUUGGAGGUGGGCCUGAUAGGGACCCGCUCUACUUUCGAUACUGGGGGAAUCCUGGACCAGUCAACACGCACAUCGCUAAAGGAGAUGCUGGGCGCUUUGUCGCGCUUCUACAGUCCUUUGUUCUCGCAUCAUUUGCUUUCGUGCUUGCUCCAGAGCAGCUGAUUGUAACAGCUGGUGAGAUGCAAUCCCCACGUUACAAUCUUCCUCGAGCAGCCCGACGCUAUAUCUGGCGGCUCAUCAUUCUUUUCAUGCCGUCUAUUUGGGGCAUUGGGGUUGUCUGCGCAUCUGAUGACCCUUCUCUCACGGCUUCCGGUACUGCAAGCUCGCCCUUCGUUAUUGCUAUUCGCAACGCAGGGAUCCCUGUACUGGACAGUAUCGUCAACGGAGCAAUUCUAUUAUCGGCCAUCACCGCAGGAAAUGCCUUCUUGUAUUCAGCAUCUCGAAACCUUUACUCGCUAGCAAAGGCUGGUAAUGCUCCUGCCAUUUUCAAAAGGUGUAACCGCUACGGACUCCCGUACUAUGCAGUAAGCGCCACGGCGUCGCUCGGUGGACUUGCAUAUCUCAGUCUGUCAAACACAAGUCUCACUGUCUUCAACUGGCUCAUUAACAUCACCAACACUUCUGGCUACAUCAGCUGGAUAUGCUGCGGUAUCAUCUACUCAAGAUAUCGUAAAGCCAUGACCCAUCAUAGCUUGGAAUCCCCAUACCGCUCUCGACUCCAGCCUUGGGGUAUGUGGCUUGGUACUUGUGGUUCCGUCAUUCUGCUUUUUAUAAACGGGUUCACGGUCUUUUUCCCAUCCCAGUGGUCUGUGGGGACAUUCCUUACAGCGUAUAUUGGUAUCCCGGCGUUUCUUGUUAUUUUCUUCAUCCAUCGGUACCUCCACAAGGACGAUGAAUGGGUCAGAAGGCCUGAGGAUGUUGAUAUGUAUGAGGGUAUGGAUGAGGUACUUGCCGCAGAAAAGCCGCCUCCUGUGAGAGGUGCUGUAUCAAGAAGACUUUGGGCAUUGAUAGAGUGA